AACAAAUAUAUUUAUAGAUUUUAAUGUGUUAUUGACCUUUAACCAUCAGAUUGGAGCUUCUUUAGAAACGUGGACUGUGGACAUUAGCAUUAGCAAGAUGUUUAGCAUUGGGAUGCUAUUUUGGGCUAGCAUAGCUUCUCAGGUAGGCUAACUCCUUUUAGAACAACUUGAGCUCAUCAAUAAUCUUUCCCAGUGUCCAAUCAGAUCGUUCAGAAGCAGGAAUUAAACUCCUGGGCCGAGAGAAGCCGCUCUGUCUUCCAUCGCUGUUGUGCGUCACAUUUACGGGUGUAUUCAUUUGUGACUCAUGUCUCAGAUUCCUUUGGGUUUCUUCAAGGUUCUUCUGUGGACGUCAGACAGAAACAAGUUUAUCAGCAGCUUUCUUUUCCUCUGAGGGAAACUUAUCAGCCGGCUGGGUUGUAUCGGGACACGCAGCGCUCCAGAACAGAUUAUCACAGGCUUUGUAAGCGUGACGUUCAUGGAGCUGUGGCAGCUCUGAGCUCAGCAUCUCCUCCAUUCAGCUAUAAAUACUGAUGAAGACACCUUCAGCGUCCAUCAGCCGGCUGACUGGCUGGACAGGAAGGACUCCAGAUCCUCAGCGUCUCUCCUCUGGAUCAACCCGGACCUGAAAGCGUUAACUCUGGCUCUCUUUCAAGGCAGCCAUGAAGAUCCUCGUCAUUCUCGUCCUCGUCUUCCUCACAGGUUGUAAUGGUGGACAGUAUGACCAUCCGUCUAGAUGCCAGGUAAAGAUGGCGCAGGACGCUUACUGGGACUAUGUCCAGAAGUCAACAUUGACCCCAAAGGACUACGUGUGGGACAUCAGACAUUCUCAUCCAGGACAGUAUCUGUGCUCCCUGAUCUCACACAGCGUGGAGACGGUCCAGAAGUUCUUCCGCCUGGUGUACACUCAUAUAGUUAUGUGGAGCACACACUUCUACCACAGGUUCUGCCAAGAGGUAGAUCACCUGCAGCAACACCUCCAUGACUUUCUGCACCAUUUGGAAUAUGACAUACACUUCCACGCCAAGGAGCUGGUGGCUCAAAUCCGCUGGCAGCUGGAGGGUAUCAAGAUCUUGGCAGGCCACUACAUUGAAGCCCUGGACCCCAGAGGCCUGAAGAUGGCGCUGCUGGAGAAGCUCAAGGAGCUGAAUGAGCAUUUGAAAAGGUGCUUUGAACUCCUGGAAACUCACCAUCAUGCACACCAUUGUGACCAUCACCAACAUUAUGAUCACAAACCUCCUGGCCACCAUCAUGGUCACCAUCAUGGUCAACAUCCUGGCCACCAUCAUGGUCAACAUCCUGGCCACCAUCAUGGUCACCAUCAUGGUCAACAUCCUGGCCACCAUCAUGGUCAACAUCCUGGCCACCAUCCUGGCCACCAUCAUGGUCAACAUCCUGGCCACCAUCCUGGCCACCAUCAUGGUCAACAUCCUGGCCACCAUCCUGGCCACCAUCAUUGUCACCAUCAUGGUCACAAACCUCAUGGCCACCAUCUUGGCCACCAUCCUGGCCACCAUCAUUGUCACCAUCAUGGUCACAAACCUCCUGGCCACCAUCAUCCUCCUGGUCACCGUGUCCACGGCUGUGGACCUGAGAUGAAGAAGAAAAUAGAUGAAAGCAUGAAGGCCUUUAAGACCACCUUGUUCUCCCUGGUCAGGAAGUUUGAGAUGGAACUCGUCCAAACUACCGCAAAGAUCAACAAGAAAAUGGUUCCUCAAGGAAAAAAACCCCACGGCCAGCUGAUUAAAGACUCCGAUCACCUGAAGGAUGACCUGGAGAGUCUGUGGCGAGACUGGAUACUCCUGAGUCAGCAAAAGGUCGACUGAAUGGAUUCGACAGUGGCUUCAUCCAAGGGUCAUUAUCAACAUAAACAUAAGCAUCUUAUUUUCACUUUUAAUACUAAAACACAUUGAUUGAGACAUAUUUUUUCAAGUCAAUAUAAUUUGUUUUUGUUUCUGUAAAAUGUCUGCGGUAUUUAUUGAUCAAAUAUACAGAUCAAAUGAAAUACAGAAUCUCUUGUUUAUUUCUUAAACUAUUUAAAACUUAUUCAAGAGCAACUAAAUUGUGCUUCUUCCUUUUGUUCUGAAAGAUAUGUAAGUUUGGAAAUACUUGCAUUCUCCCAAAUAUAGCUACAAUAGAGCCUCCUGUAUUACAAUAAAGUUCAGAAAAAUCAGCUUUUCUCUCAAAUAACUAAAGUAGUUCUAGGUAACGAUGUUCAUCUGAUACAUUCAGGUUAUUA